GUUAUUCCUCUCCUUACUCCAUACAAGAUGGGGAAGUUCAAUUUAUCACACAGGGUUGUGUUGGCGCCACUAACAAGGCAGAGGUCCUACAACAAUGUUCCACAGCCCCAUGCAGUUUUGUACUACUCCCAGAGAACCACCAAUGGCGGCCUUCUCAUUGCGGAAGCCACUUGUAUAUCCCCCACUGCUCGCGGCUAUGCUGAUACUCCCGGGUUGUGGAGCGACGAGCAUGUUCAUGCAUGGAAGCCCAUCGUGGACGCUGUUCAUGCCAAGGGUGGCAUCAUCUUCUGUCAGAUUUGGCAUGUUGGAAGAGUCUCCAACACAUGUUAUCAGCCAAACGGUGAAGCCCCUAUAUCUUCUACGGACAAGCAACUAUCAUCACAACCUCGAGGCAGUGGCACCGAAGUCGAUACCUUCGCAAAACCAAGGCCGCUAAGCAUUCAGGAAAUUCCUCAAGUUAUCAACGACUUCAGACUUGCUGCUAGAAAUGCUAUUCGAGCUGGUUUUGAUGGAGUGGAGAUCCAUGGGGCUCACGGCUACCUACUUGAGCAGUUUAUGAAAGACAAAGUGAAUGACCGAACAGAUGAAUACGGUGGAUCCCUUGAGAACCGUUGUCGAUUUCCGUUACAAGUUGUUGAGGCAGCUGUGAAUGAGGUAGGAGCUGACAGAGUUGGAAUUAGACUAUCACCUUAUGCAGAGUAUGUAGAUUGUGGAGAUUCCAACCCUGAAGCAUUGGGGCUUUACAUGGUUAAUGCACUCAACAAAUAUGGUAUCUCUACUGUCACAUGGUUGAACCGAGAAUGAUAACCGCUGGAGAAAAAGGUGAAUGCCCUCACAGUUUGGUUCCAAUGAGAAAGGCCUUCAAUGGCACUUUCAUUGUUGCUGGAGGGUA